AUGGACUCGACAUGGACAACCCCGGAUAGCGUCAGCCUCUGUUCAUUGGGAGCUAUGGCCAUUAUGUUCUUUGGGGAUCGCCAUUACCUAAUGCCCAAAUAUCUAAUGGUCUAUACUCCGUUUGGUUGGAAGCAGACUCUUGGUCCCUGUCUCCCGGAGAGUUGGGUGCCGACUGCUCAGGGGGUUGGGCAAUGGCCAGCGCUUGGGUGGUGGUUGAGGUGGUUGAGGUCAGGGCUGGGGUGGUCGCAAUUGGGAGUGCUGGGCUGGGUGAUGGAGGAUUGGGUGGCAGAGGACUGCGCUGUGGGGGAUUCGACCGUGGGGCCCGGUUUCAAUCAGCUCUAUAGGGCUCGGGCUAUGAUGCGAUCGAUGGGCCGGGGCAUACUCUUGAGUCCACUGCGCAAGGCAGCAUGUGACAGCAUUGAGGUGAUGGGAGGGAAAUUUUUUGGGUGUGCGAGAGAUGUGUCGGGGAACAGGACAAGGGGUGGUAUCGAUGUUCCCAUAAUGAAGGGAGCGGUUGGAAAAUUGUCAGUGUGA